AAAAAAAAUACCAUGAUGCCAAAGAAUCUCACCCUUUGAUACGCUUUCCGCUAGGACAACUCUCUCUCUGUAGCUCUCUUUCUCUCCGUGUCUGUUGCCGGGCUCUCCGGAGAGAAAUGGAGCUAUUGCAGCCAUCGCACCCACUUCAUCACGGCAUAGGCACCAACACCCUGUACGGGUUCCCUUCUUCCGGGUCUAACUUCGGGUACGGGUUCCACCCGGAGAUGAGUUCACAACCUCAGCUUCCAUAUAUUCAAGAGGAAGCAGGAGAUCAUGAGGAAGAAGCAGCAAGAGAUCAUGAAAAAGUACAUGUGGCGGUCGGUAAGUCUAUGGAGCGAGCUGUGGCUUUGCUUCAAUGGUCAUGCAAGAACUUUCGGGACCAAGAAAUUUGUGUAAUUCAUGUUCAUCAGCCUUCUCAUCAGAUUCCUACACUUUUGGGAAAAUUACCGGCAAGUAAAGCAAGUGGUGAAGUAGUGGCUGCGUAUAGAAAGGAGGAAUGGGCACAGACAGUGAAGCUCUUAGGAUCUUACGUGAACCUUUGCAAUGCAGAAAAGGUGAAAGCAAGCUUUGUUACAAUAGAAGCUGACCAAGUUCAGAAAGGAAUUGUAGAUCUGGUGAACGUACAUGGUAUUAGGAAGCUUGUGAUGGGGGCUGUGCCUGAAACUUGCGUGAAGGUGAAAAAGAGCUCCAGAAAGGCAAAUUAUGCUGCCAAAAAUGCUCCCUCAUUCUGUGAAAUAUGGUUUGUCAAGAAAGGGAAACAUAUGUGGACGAGAGAAGCUUCUGAAGUCCCAAAUGCUUUGUCUCCAUCUAGUCAACCUGAGAUUACAACUGCAGAAACUUUGAGAUCCAAAUCUUUUCAAUACAGUAAAAGUAAUGCAAUCCAUCCAGAAAGUGUUUCAUUCUUUUCUGAUAAAUUUACACAUUUUGCUGGAAGCAGCAAUUGUGUUCUGGGUGAUACAGUUCAUGUUGAAGAGCUUUCAUUGCCCGUCUUAUCCUACUCCCCUCACAAUCUCCAGAGUUCAUUUUUUCCACCAUCUACAAGCACCAGUUUUGAAAAUAAUUCUCCUGAGAGAAUGGUUUCUGCAAUUUCUGAUCCAAGGGUUGACGAAAUGAGCUUGUAUGACCAGCUAACAGAAGCCAAGAUUGAAGCUGAGGCAUCAAUGAAUGACGUGUUUGCAGAAAUAAUGAAGCGUAAAAAAUUGGAAAUGGAAGCUGUUGAAGCUAUCAGCAAGAUCAAAGUCUUUGAAUCUGCUCAUGCACAUGAAGUUAAGCUGAGGAGGGAGGGUGAGGAUGCACUAAGAACAACAAUACAAGAACAAGAAAAGGUAUUGGAAGAAAGAGAAGAAGUAACUAGAGAGCUACAAAGAACCAUGAGAAAUGUUGCUCUUCUAGAUAGUCGUGCACAGGAAGCAAACCGUAGGUGUGAUGAAGUAGUUGGAGAACUAAAUUUGAUUCAGGCAUCCAUUUCAACUCUACGGCAGGAGAAGCAGAGGAUCCGUCAUCAGAAAACGGAAGCCCUGCGCUGGCUUGAAAGGUGGAGACGUGGACAAGCUGGAGCUGCUCACUGCAGUGGGCUCAUUGGCUUUGUUGAUGAAUUGCCUGAGUUAGCAGUAUUUUCAUUGUCAGAUCUGCAAACUGCUACAUGCAAUUUUUCUGAGAGCUUCAAGCUUGGGCAGGGAGGAUAUGGUUCUGUUUACAAGGGGGAAAUGUUGGGUAGAACUGUUGCUAUAAGGAAGUUCAACCCUCAUAGCAUGCAAGGACCAUCAGAGUUUCAACAAGAGGUUCAAGUUCUUGGAAAACUCCAGCAUCCUCAUCUGGUGACGUUGCUUGGUGCAUGCCCAGAAUCCUGGUCUCUUGUAUAUGAUUACUUGCCCAGUGGGAGCCUCCAAAACCACCUUUUCCGAAAAAGCAAUAAUCCUCCCUUGCUAUGGAAUACCCGAACACGUAUCAUUGCUGAAAUCUCUAGUGCCCUUUGCUUCUUGCACUCUUCCCAACCAGAAAAGAUCAUCCAUGGUGAUCUGAAACCUGACAAUGUACUUCUAGAUGCUGAUCUGAGCUGCAAGAUAUGCGAGUUUGGGCUUUGCAGGCUAGUAACUGAGGAGAACCUUCAUUGCCCCAGUUUCCGCCGGGGCACAGAGCCCAAGGGUGCUUUUACGUAUACAGAUCCCGAGUUUCAGAGAAUUGGAGUGCUGACACCCAAGUCUGACAUUUACUCCUUUGGGCUGAUCAUUCUGCAGCUACUCACAGGAAGGCUUCCAACUGGGUUAGCAGCUGAGGUGCGUAAGGCAGAUUCAUGUGGGAAAUUGGCAUCAAUUUUGGAUUCAUCAGCAGGAGAAUGGCCUACAUUUGUGGCAAGGCGGUUGGUAGACCUGGGGCUGCAAUGUUGUCAAUUGAGCGGCAGGGAUAGACCAGAUAUGACACCUUCACUAGUGAGGGAACUAGAGCAGUUGCAUGUCUCUGAAGAGCGACCAGUGCCAUCUUAUUUCUUGUGCCCUAUACUUCAGGAAAUAAUGCAUGACCCGCAGGUGGCAGCAGAUGGGUUCACUUACGAAGGGGAAGCAUUGCGUGGAUGGUUGGAAAAUGGGCAUGAUACUUCUCCCAUGACCAAUCUGAAAUUGAGUCACUUGCUUCUUACUCCUAAUAAUGCUCUGAGGCUUGCUAUACAGGAUUGGCUUUGCAAAUGUUGAGACUUGAGAGUAACUUUGUUAAGGAGUUCUAGCUCAACUGGCAAUUCCUCCCCGUGUAAGUGUUAGGUGGAGAGUGAGGUUGUGCAAUCAAGACCCACUAGGUUCAUGUGUAACAUACCGAUCAAGAGAAAAGAAAAAAACACCUUUGUACCUCUUAAUAUGUGUAUUUAUGUAGCAUCUUUUAUUAUAUUUGUGUAGUGAUUCAUUGUAAUGCAUCCCUGCUUUACCGCUGUAGAUAAUGCAUCAAGAGUGGGUUUCCUAAU